AUGGCUGUUGCUCAAACAACAGUUAGCAAAUACCUGGCUCAAGUUACUGGAGCUAUCGUUAGAAUACUAAUGCCAAAAUGGAUAUCGUUUCCGGAAGUAGAACGAGCAAGGAAAAAUGUAGCCACAGGAUUCCUUGCAAAGCAUGGUUUGCCAGAUAUUCUUGGAGCUAUUGACUGCACCCAUGUUGAUAUAUUUCCCCCACCAUUCCCGACUGGGGUUCAGUACAAAAACAGAAAAGGGCGGACUACAAUAAAUGUUCAACUGGUUGUGGAUGUUGAGUGCCGCAUCAUUAACAUCAAUGCACAAUAUCCAGGGCGAGUCCACGAUCAGUUUAUCUUUAACAACUCAAAAGUUAAAUUGGAAAUGAAACGUCUGUAUGAAAGUAGAAUUGGUCAAUACUAUCUUUUAGGGGACUCGGGCUAUGCCUUAGAACCUUGGCUGAUGACUCCAGAUUUGGAAGCUGCACCAAAUAGUUCAGCAGAAAAAUAUAACAAAUGA